AUGGAUUCUCCCGUUCUCACGAUUUCUCAGGAUGAGCUCGUUGCCGAAAAUCGCAUUAUAGAGGAAUUUCGAAACCUCAACAACAGUCAAGUUUUCGAGCAUGUAUUCCGUCACCGUAUGAUGGCUCUUAGACGUGGUGUGACAACCCCACAGUCACCGUCCGACCUUUUAGGAGUGGAUAGUCGUGAACUUAUGUGUCCUUCAUUGCGUGAAACUUUACACUCGGUUAUCAACCACAGUUCUGCGUCAAAAGGUAUUUCCGAGUUUCACCUGUUGGACGUCGGCGCCGGAUCUGGCGAAGCUAUCGAUUGGUUUUUCGCAAAAGAAUUAAAAAGAGUAAAUGAUAUCGAAGGAUCGGAUGCAAAGGAACGAAAACUUUUUAUUCAUGUCAUUGAACCAAACUCCACCUUCUUGGAAGCGUAUCAACAAAAAUUAGCGAAUUAUGAUUAUCUCCACGAGGGAAUAGUUUAUCAAGGUCCGAUUCAAGAUUACCUUGGAAAUGUUGAGAAGGAAAUCCUGCCAAAACUUCCGGCUUCCGUUGAUUUUGUUAAUUGUAUGCAAAUGAUUUAUUAUUUGUAA